AUGGACACUUUUGUUAAAAAUAAAUUACAUGAAUGGGAUUUCAGCAAGUGGAUACCUAAUUUUGAAGAUGAAGAAAUAAAUGAGCAAAGUUUUCACCUUCUUGAUGAUCGAUUAAUUGAUCAGUUGAUCCCAAAAGGAGGACCGAGGAUGAUCUUCAAGGAUAAACAUAAGUUGUGGAAGGCAAGCAACACAGACUCCACCAUCAGCUCAGAAAAUGCUUUAUUCUCCUCCUUCGGUGAGUUUGGCUCACAGAGCCCAACAACACAACAAUGGAGAACACACACAAUGGGUCCACAAUGUUCCUUGCCCGAGACCCAUGACCUCUCCUCUGGACCAUACCCCUCCCAGUCCACAAGGGAUAAAAUCAAAGAUUUGACGACAGAAAAAAGGGAACUAGUUGGUGUCUUUGGGAAAACGGGAGCUGGAAAGAGCUCUUUGAUAAAUGCCGUCAUUGAGGAGAAGGAACUUCUGCCGUCUGGGGAUGUCGAUGCAUGUACCUCAGUCAUGAUAAAACUAGAGGCAAACAUGGACACACCAAGAUAUGAGGCACACAUUGAGUUCAUUACGCCAGAGGAGUGGAAAGAUGAACUGUGGUCUAUGGAAAAUGUUCUGGAUGAGCUUGAUGAUGAUUAUAGUGCCACUGAGGAAAAGAUUUCAGCACUGUAUGAACAAGAUUGGAAAGAAAUCUCUAACGGCAUGGACAACAAAUAUUUCAAAGAAAUUCCAGAAUUUCUCAAGUCAAGGAAGAAGAUUAUCAAAUGUGACUCGGUUAAAGAACUUGCAGCAAAAUGUGUCAAAUACACAAGAAAUAACAAAAAAGUGGAAAGGUCUAAAGUAAAGAGACAGUAUUGGCCAUUAGUGAAGUGUGUGACUCUCAGGGUUCCUGGAAAUGACCUCCUUCAGCAUGUCACAAUUGUGGACCUUCCAGGAACUGGGGAUCGUAACAAAAGCAGAGAUAAAAUGUGGAAAGAGAUUGUUGGAAACUGUUCCACUGUGUGGAUUGUGACUGAAACUACUCGAGCAACAGCAGAGAAAGAAUCUUGGGAGAUCCUGGAAAAUGCCAGCAGCCUUAUGGGAAAUGGUGGCGAGUGUCAGCACAUUCACUUCAUUUGCACCAAGUCUGAUCAAAUUAAUGAUUCAGAUUGUAAGUCACGAGAUAAAGUUCGUAAUCGUGUGCUUGAACGAAACGAAAAAGCCAAACGUGGAGUGAUGAAACAAUUCAGCAAGGAAAACAAAAUUAAGAAACACUUCAGUGAUGACUGUUUCAAAGUGUUCACAGUGAGCUCCAAAGAGUUUCUAAAGACUAAAUAUCUGAAGCGAGAUGAAACCGAAAUUCCGCGAUUGCAGAAUUUUUUGAAAGACCUGAACGACUCUCACUCAGAGACAUUAAACUAUGUGUCUGGAGCUUGUGGGAUUUUGUCUCUGAUUCAAGGAACAAGAUGCAUGGAAGUGGCUGGUAAAAAAGCAGAGGUGUGUAAGGAGCUUGAAGAGAAGAUGAGAGAUGAACUUGACAAAGUCAAAAAGUCCGUGGAAGAGACUCAUUCAGCUUUUGAAUCACACCUUGCAGAGGGCGUUGAAAAAUCACUACGUUUAUGUGACAAAACAAUGAAGUCCAUUUUAGAGCCUUCAAAGACAUCAUGUCGCGGCUUUUACAUGAUACUGAAGUAUGUAGUUCAGAACAAUGGUGCCUACAAAUCAAAGAAAGGGAAACCUAAAAACUUGAAUGAGAAGUUAAGUUCACAUCUGACUGACAGCAUUGAUGCAGAAUUCAAGAAGACCUUCCCAAAUGAAAGCAACUCUGGACCUUUCAAGAAUGUCAUCAAAGAGUUUUCACUGAACACAGAGACGCUGAUUCAAAAGCACGAUGACGUCAAACUGCAACUCACUUUUCUCAAGACAGAGGAGGACAAACUCAAACUACAUCUCCACAAAAUCGUCCGGGAUCGUAAGAAGAAGAUCUACAGCAGCCUGACAGACACAAUUGAGACAAACAUGCAAACAUGCUAUGACGAAGCAAAAGAGAUUCGUGGACCGGGCUCACUGUUAAAAAUGAAGGAGAUUAUUCGGACUCAUGUACGUGGUACAAGGAACACAAUGUUUGAGAUGGCUAAAAAGAACAUGUUGACACAACUGGAUGCUUUGAAGGUUUGUACAUUUUUGUGUAAUAUGUAUUGUUAUCAAUGAUUAGAGGUAAUCAUUUACAUAAAUGUUUUUACUUUAAUCAAGUAGAAUAUGCUAAAGCUCCUCUUGCUCUGAAAACUCUCCAUCACUGUCAUAAAUGUGAUAUUAUCAUUGCACAUGUUAAUGUAGUCUUUGAUUCUUCUGACCAAUCUGAAAACACUCAACAGUUGAUGCAUAUCAUUCACAUUAUGUUGCUG